AAUAUUAAAAAUCAACUUAGCUAUAGCUUAUAGUCAAUGGUAUAUACCAAUUGCCAAAUCAUUCAUUAGUGUUCUCUGGUGACUUCUCUGCAAUAUGUGUCCUCUCAAAGCCAAAGAUUUGCACAGGAUUUUCCAGAAGCUUGACAAAAAUGGUGAUGGUCUUUUGAGUUUAGAUGAGCUUAAUUGGCUUCUGGAGAGAAUCGGGGUCAAUUUCAGCCUGGAGGAGCUGGAGUCUUCGGUGGGAAAGUCGAGCCUCAACUUCGAUGAGUUCUUAUUAUUUUACGAUUCCAUAACUAAGCAAAACGAUGACAAGAAUGAAAUAGUGGAGGAGAAGGAAGAGCAGGACCUCGCUAAAGCGUUCAACGUGUUCGACCUUAAUGGGGAUGGCUUCAUUUCUUGCGAGGAACUUCAAAGCGUGUUGGCAAGACUGGGAUUGUGGGAUGAGACGAGUGGAAAAGAUUGUAGAAGUAUGAUUCAUGUGUACGAUACAAACUUGGAUGGAGUUCUUGAUUUUCAAGAAUUCAAGAACAUGAUGUUGCAUGCUAACUAGCCAGUAGAUAUUAUCAAUAUCCAGCUUAAUCUAUCUGCUUUUAGCAGAGUUUUCUUGUCAGUUUCUUUCUCAUUCUCACAGCAACAAUCUGAAUGCAAUCUACAUGUAUAUCUGCAGAAUCUUUACUAGUGAAUUUCUUGGAUUAAUUCAUCAAGGAAAAUUAAAACCCUUGUGCUGCGUGUGUAUAAUUUUAUGAAUCUUGAAAUGAAUUGGCUUCAAUUUGAUGAA